AUGGACGACGCAGCAACCAUGUCCUCGAGGCAUGGCCGCCCAUCGACGAAAUCCGACAUCUCAGGCCCUGCCAACGAUGGUGCCCCCUCCAUUUGUCGAAUCUGCCGAGGCGAAGCGACCGAGACCGAACCGUUGUUCUAUCCCUGUAAAUGCAGUGGUAGCAUCAAAUAUGUGCAUCAAGAAUGCCUGAUGGAGUGGCUAUCGCAUUCCCAGAAAAAAUACUGCGAACUGUGCAAGACGUCAUUUCGGUUCACGAAGCUUUAUGCUCCAGAUAUGCCGCAGUCGCUGCCUGUACAUGUCUUUCUUGAGCACAUGACCAAGUAUCUCUUCCGAAACGUACUGGUCUGGCUUCGUGCUGUCCUUGCCGUUAGCAUUUGGAUUUGCUGGCUCCCGCUCUUCAUGCGAGCUGUCUGGUCCUUCAUGUUUUGGAUUAGCGACGAAGGGCUGGGAGGCUCCCUAUCUUCCCUCAAAGGUGGCCAGGCAUCUUGGGAGGCAUCUUUAUUUAACCAAUUUUUCGGCCAAUGCAGCGCGAAUCCGCUCGUCGAGACUGCCACAACGACAUUGGCGCAAGCUGCGACAAUGAUGAAGCAUCUGCCUGGGGAUCUUAGUGGUAUUCCAAAGUUCAGCGUCAAGUCGAUAGGAUACGCCGCCAAUACGGUAAACGGUACUGGAUCCUUUCAGUCGUACAGAGACGAGAACGGCACGAUUACAGUUCUGUACGAGAUCGAUUCACCGUCUGCUUCUCUGCUCAGCAAUGUCACGUUUCUUCGCAAUCUGACAAAGAGCCCAAGAGUCAACAGAGCAGUCAUGUCCAUCGUCGAAGGCCAGAUCAUCACGAUCCUCGUCAUUGUCUGCUUCAUUCUAAUCAUUCUCGUGCGCGAUUACGUCGUUCAGCAACAACCAGAGCUGAAUAUGCGCGCGGCGUUUGCUGAUCAGGCAGAGGGUGAUCAAGUCGAUGCAUUUGAUGCUGCCCCGGAACAACCUGCCGCCAUAGAUGAUGCCAUAAAUGCAGCCGCCCGCGACCUCGGUCGCGAUCCCAUAAGGCUCCCUCCUGAAACCCGCAUCAACCCCCACGCACCGCAGAUGGAUGAACAGGAGGCCAUUAAUCAAGUUUGGGCCAUGGCUAUUCGCCCCGACAUUUAUGCCCCCAAUUCUGGAGAUGAUGAGGAGCCGUCGCACGUCAUGGAAUACCUUCGCAUAUAUCGACGUGCUCACGGUGACCACCAUGAGAUCUUGCGCAUCAUUGAGCAAGAAGACACCGACGGCAGGCUUCGCUACUGGACUGACGCUACUCGUCGCGCCAUGCUAAGCAAGAGGCAAGAUGAGCCAGCUGAGCAUGAUACUGAGAGUGGCAAUUCGCAUAAUAUAUUUGAUCGCCCAGAUAGCCCAGUGGCAUCUUCUAGCCAUCACACAGGGAUUCCGUCGCGCGAGUCAAACGGGCGCAACCAAGAAGAAUUCGACUCUUUACCGCCCAUCUUCCAGCAGGAGUUUCCGACAUCAAACUCCAAUCUCGGCAAUGGACUGCGACCCCGGGCUACAUCAGCCGGGCCUAGCCACUCAGGAUCGGUCAAUCCGCUGGCGAAUAACAAUUGGACCUUUGACGAAAUAUUGGCCAACGACAGCUCCUCUCGCGAUCAACAUCCAGUGCACGACGCGUCCGGAGCCACUCACGGGGAAGGAAUAUUCGGCGACUUUGCUGAAGAAGAUGCCGGAACAUUGUCUUCGGACUCUACAGAGCUCUACCCAAGAAGCAUAAACCGCGCGAUGCAGGGGCGCUCUUUUGAACAGGGCCAAGAAGGAGACACUAACGCUGAACCUGAAAUGGCUGUCGAACCAGUUCAGACUGAAACUCCUGCUGUUCCGCAAGACGCGGCCCCCAUCAACAACAACGCGGAACAAGUUGGUUUGGUCGGUAGGGUGGCCAACUUCAUGUGGGGCGACCUGGAUCGUCAUGCCGACGAACUAGAACUGCAAGCUGCCGAAGAGCAGGAUGCUGAGGACGAUGCUUGGGUGGAUAUUGUCGACGGUGAUGUUGGUGUAGACGAGGCUGACGCUGCUGACGAGGAUCCAAUGCAAGCAGCGGCUGGUGGCUUUGACCAAGACGCUAUUGACGACAUGGAGGACUUCGAGGGUGUCAUGGAACUGAUUGGCAUGCGCGGCCCUAUCGCCGGCCUGUUCCAGAAUGCCAUCUUCUGCGCUGUCCUUGUCUCUGUCACCAUUUUUGCAUGCAUCUUUGUUCCUUACAACAUUGGCCGUGUUACAGUGUGGCUCAUGGCGAGCCCCAUGCGUCUUGUUCGCAUGAUCGUCGAAAUUUCGAAGCUCAUUCAGGAUGCCCUUGUCAUGUCUUGCGCAUUUUUGUCUUGGUGCUUGAUCAACCUGUUCGAGAUGGCUGCCAACUUUCUGCCCACCAGCGCCAUCACCAAAGUCGUCUCAGUUCGAAAGGCCUGCUGGGACCUUUGGAUCAACUCGGGUAACAGGAUUUUCGAUUACUUGUUUAUGGAUUUCCCCAUGUCUGCGACGGAGAUUCAGAACUUUUCAGCCAUCAGCCACGCUGCUCUUCUGAGUCUCAAGGGCCAAGCUUCCCAUUCGUUCCAGACCAUCCAACAACUCGGCUGGACAGUUUACACCAAUGGCAUUACAAUACCCAGUGUUGAGUAUUUGCAGCUGCUUGGGGCAAAGACAAAAGCCGCCCUGCAAUUUGUCGUUGCGUCCUCUUCACUUUUGUUGAGUCCUGACGCUUGGGUUAUAAAUCUUGGAGACUCCAAGGGUGGCGAAGUAGUUGACCCUGAACUAGCUCGCUGGUCUGGUGUUGACCGUUUCUGGGCCAUCUUGGCCGGCUAUGCGGCAGUGUUCACCAUUGCUGCCAUGUAUCUCCAGCGCAACAGCCCUUUUUCGAACGGCGAAUUCAUGAGAGCGUGGGAGGCAGGCAUCAUCGAUACUCUUCAUCAAGCUAGCGGCAUUAUGAAGGUGAUCUUGAUCAUCAGUAUAGAAAUGCUUGUCUUUCCCUUGUACUGUGGUAUGCUGCUUGAUCUGGCGCUUCUCCCGCUUUUUGAGAAUACGACUGUCCUAUCACGACUCAUGUUUACACGCGACUAUCCUGCUACCUCGGUAUUUGUCCACUGGUUCGUCGGCACCGGCUAUAUGUUUCACUUUGCCCUAUUCGUCUCCAUGUGCCGCAAGAUCAUGCGGCCCGGCGUUCUAUAUUUCAUCCGCGACCCCGAUGACCCCGAGUUCCAUCCCGUCCGCGAUGUGCUCGAGAGGAACUUGAUUACGCAGCUUCGAAAGAUAUUAUUCUCCGCCUUUGUCUAUGGAGCGCUGGUUAUCAUAUGCCUGGGAGGUGUCGUGUGGGGGCUCUCAUUCACACUGCCAACGGUGCUGCCAAUCCACUACUCUUCCAACGAGCCAGUACUAGAGUUCCCGGUCGAUCUGCUGUUCUACAAUUUCUUGAUGCCACUGGCUGUCAAGUUCUUCAAGCCCGGGAAUGGUAUUCACGCCAUGUACACGUGGUGGUUCCGCCGAUGCGCAAGGGCGCUGCGUUUGACUUCUUUCCUGUUUGGCGACCGCAAGGUUGACGAGGAAGGCAGCUUGCGUCUGUCUGAGACGGAUGGGGCCGGCGUGUUCCAAAGCUUGCUUCUGGGGGUCGACGAUACAAAUAACACCGCUGUCAAGUCCUGGAAGGACGCCAUCACAGGUGAUGUUGCCACCGAGGCGGAAAAGCUGGAACCCGAGACCCUGAAAGCCCACAAAGAACAUUUGGUCCAGUCUGAACAGCUACUAGCUGACGGCAGAUUUGUUCGUGCGCCCGCGUCGGAUCGUGUCAAGAUUGCCAAGGGCCGCAAAGUGUUUAUUACUGUUGACGAGGACAAUAAGCGGCAAGACGGCAAUGAGGACGACGAUUUAUAUGCUUCGGACCAGUAUCGCAACGUGUAUGUACCGCCUGGCUUCAGGUCGCGCAUUUUCCUCUUCAUCCUUUUCAUCUGGAUCUUUGCGGCCUUUACUGGUGUUAGUCUGACGGUAGUGCCGCUUGUGAUUGGGCGCAUGAUCUUCAAGGCUCUCAUCCCCGACCAUGUGCGCACCAACGACAUAUAUGCAUUCAGUAUCGGCAUCUAUAUUCUGGGAGCGGUCAGCUACUUGGGGAUUCAUAGCCGCAGCGUGUUGGACAAGGUACAGGGCUGGAUGGCGAGCGCGAGCGAAGAAAUCGCCGGCCGACGGGCAGCAAGUCGCACGUUCUCGGCGCUUGUGCACGCUCUUCAGCUCGUGUACACUUACUUUUUCCUGGCCGUUGUGCUGCCACUUCUUGUCGCGUUGGUUAUAGAGCUGUACAUUGCAGUUCCCCUGCAUACGUACAUGAAUCCCCCGACGGCGGCCACGAUUGGGGCAGAAAAGCUAGGACACUUGAGUAAAGGCAGACACACAGUCCGGCUCACGCAGGUGUGGACUCUUGGUCUGCUUUACACAAAGCUGGGCUCGCGCAUGAUUACAUCACUGUUUCCGCAUAGCCGAGCAGCCGUGGCGGUGCGAACUGUGUUGCGACGCGGAUGGCAGCGUCCUGAAGUGGGCGUCUUUACGCGGGCAUUUGUGAUCCCUGGGCUGGCGAUUGCCCUGGUUGCAAUAUUCGCGCCACCAUUUGUGGCAAGGUAUCUGGUGCAUUACCAGGUAUCCGGAUACCUGCCAAAGCCAGGUGUGACGGCAGAGGAGAUGGCAAAGCUAGCUAUAUUCUACCGGUUCUCAUAUCCUGGGGCGGCGGUCCUGCUAGUGAUGGUGAAGAAUGUCAUGAUGCUCGCCAACGUCUUUAACAAGUGGACGUCGGGUGUGCGAGACGAGGCGUACCUGAUUGGAGAGCGGCUGCACAACUUCGGGGCGGCGACGGCGGGCGCGCGUAAGGGGAGGACGACGUGGAAAGCAGGAGGUAACCGGCUGUAA